AUGGCGUCAGAAUAUGACUUUGUGGUCGUUGGAGGUGGCACUGCUGGCCUAAUCGUCGCCACGCGCCUUUCCGAGUCCCCUGACAACCGAGUUCUCGUCCUGGAGGCAGGAUCGGAUCAUACUGAAGAUCCACGGGUGAAGACGCCGAUUUUCUACUCGGCGUUGCUUGGAUCGGAGGCUGAUUGGGGCUUCCGCAGUGAGCCACAGGGAAACCUCAACGGGCGAGUGAUCCAUCUGCACCAGGGUAAAGCUCUUGGCGGUUCGAGCGCUUUGAAUGCGCACGUGUUUGUCCCUCCCUCGAAAGGAGUUAUUGACCCCUGGGAGACGCUGGGCAACGAAGGCUGGAACUGGAACGAUCUCAGGACGCAUCUUUCCAAGGCCUACACCAGCCCCACGGUCGACAAAGCGACUGAAAAGGCCCUGGGAAUCGAGGGCUGGGCUCGUAGGAACGAUGCAGCUAAGGGACCAAUCCAGACCAGCUUCUCUGGCUAUAUCUCCCAUCCUGUCCGUGAGGCCUGGGCGGACAGCUUCAAAAAGAACGGUCACUUCAUGCAGCAAGACCCAUUCCUCAAUGGGUCAGUUGGGUCUUUCAGCUGCCUCGCCACCAUUGACCCCGUGAAGAAGGAAAGAAGCUAUUCCGCAAACGCCUACUACAAUCCUGUCAAGGGGCGAGACAACCUUGAAGUUCUGACCAAUGCUCACGUGGAGAAGAUCCUCACCCAGAAAGACGGAGUCCUAUUCACUCAGGACGGCGAGUCCAAAACGGUUCUAGCCAACAAGGAGGUCAUCAUCGCAGCUGGUGUCUUCCAGUCGCCCAAGAUACUGGAGCUCUCCGGUAUUGGCAAUAAAGAGCUGCUCAACAAGCACGGGAUCGAUGUCGUCGAGCACCUUCCGGGAGUUGGCGAGAACCUUCAUGACCACGCUAUUGUUUACACGGGCUUCAAGGCCGUGGACGGCGUUGCCACGCUCGACUCUCUGAUCAGACAAGAGCCAGAAGCCCUGCAGCAGGCAAUGCAGGAGUAUGGGGCAACGCAAAGCGGCCCGCUGUCGUCGUGCGGAGUCUACAGCUACGGGUAUCUGCCCGUCCUGGAGCACGCGUCAGCUGAGGGCCAGAAGGCACUGAAGGUGCUGCUCGACCAGAACCGUCCCGCUUCUGGCAGCAGUGCGGAGGAUUCCCGGACCAGAGCAUUCUAUGAUAUCGCAGAAAGCACUUUACUCGACCAAAAGGAGCCAUCCGGAGCCUACGUCUCGGCACUGGCGCAGAUAACGAUCCCACUCGACGCCAACGCUGAGAAGCCACCUGCUGCGCUUCCGGGCAAAUUCAUCACUAUCGGAUCAUUUCUCUCCCAACCUCUGUCCCGCGGCAGUGUUCAUAUCUGUUCCAAGGAUCCUUCUGCCCAACCUACCAUCGACCCCAACUACCUUUCUCACCCCAUUGACGUCGAGAUCAUGGCCCAUCAUGUAUUACAAACCAAGAAGAUUGCGGGCCUCUCGCCCUUCAACAACUUGCUGGAAAAGCCUCUGGCACACCGCGACCCGGCCGCGGACUUCACGGACUUGGAGGCCGCGAAGGCAUACGCCCGGAGCAACGCCAUAUCGAUGUGGCACCUCGGAGGCACAUGUGCCAUGCUGCCGAAGGAGAAGGCCGGGGUCGUGGACACGCGGCUGAGAGUGCAUGGUGUCGAGAAUCUGCGUGUAGUAGAUGCGAGUGCGAUCCCGCUCAUCAGUACGGCAAAUCUGCAGGCUACUGUCUACGCAUUUGCUGAGAAGGCAGCGGACACCAUCAAGCAUGACUGGAGCAUGAGCUAG